AUGUCCCCUACUACCACCAGCGAUAUUCAGUCUGAGGAACUUCUUCCCGAGAUCCUCGUUCUCUGCACUUCCUCCACGGCCCCAGGACAUGUCCUGCCUCUGACUGCCAUUGCGCGCCAUCUUACCUCCCGGGGUUUCUCUGUGACCUUUGUCGGUGCUCCUCAUCAUGCCGACUUGAUUUCCUCCUCUGGUGCCUCAUUCUUCCCAGUUCACGAAUCUCUUACCAUCGAAAAGGGCCAGUAUCGCCAAUGGGGUGCUGCUCGCGCUGCCUUCCCCGAGGGCAUGGCCCGUAUGGCACAGGACUUCAAGACAUUCUUCAUUGGCCAAAUCCCGGGGCAGGUAGAGAGCACUCGUGCUGGUCUGAAGCAUGUGCUGAAGAAGGUAAAAGCGGAAGGCCUUGGCCGAAAGAUUGUUAUCAUCAACGAAACGAUGUGGUUCGGGUUCCUCCCAUGGAAAUGGGGCGCCGAACUGCCCUCCCUCGAUCACAGCGACAAUGGCGAAGAAUCUCCCCUCCUUACCCCCCCAUCCCUAGGCAUCAAUGUCACCCCUUUGAUGCUUGACGCCGACCAUUUACCCCCCUUUCCAACCUGCCUUCUCCCCUCCUCAGACGACAACCAUUCUGCUCGCAAGCGCGAUCGUGUUCUGAAAGAUUGGCUCUACCGCUUCGUUGUGCGCGAAGCCUACGACGGCUUCCGCGACCUCAUCCGCGCCGCUGGUGGCCUCAAUGUACCCGACGAGUGGAUGAUCAACCUCAGCGUAACAGCCCACAACACCACCCUGCAGCUGUGCCAUCCCGCGUUGGAGUACCCUCGUCCCGACUUGCCACCGCAUGUCAAGUUUGCGGGGUGUGUGCCGCCGAGCGGGGCGGUACCGAAGGGGUUUGUAUUCCCUUUGUGGUGGCAGGCUGAUGUGGUUGAAAAUGUGGAGAAAAGGAGGAUUGUAGUUGUGUCGCAGGGGACGUUGGCGAGGGAUUACAGCAUGUUGUUGGCGCCAACAGCGAAGGCACUCGCAGGCAGGGAGGAUGUUUUGCUGAUCGCGCUGUUGGGGAAGGGGGGUUUAGAGGUUCCCCCUGGUAUCUUGCCUGCCUCUGAGGAACAAGGGGAUGUGGGGAACGUCCGUGUGGUCGACUUCAUCCCGUACGAUGCCGUGCUCAAGUAUGCUGACGUCAUGGUGUUUAAUGCCGGCUAUGGAGGGUUUGUCCACUGUGUGGUCAACGGCGUGCCAGUUAUUGCCGCCGGUCUUACGGAGGACAAGUGUGAGGUAUCUGCUCGGGUCGAGUGGACUGGCGUUGGCAUCAAUCUCCGUACAGGUCGACCGUCCGCUGAGGCUGUGGCGUCUGCUGUGGAUGAAAUCUUGACUAAUCCAAAAUAUCGGGCUCGUGCGAGGGAGCUGGCGACUGAAGUGUCUAAGGAGAAUGCACUAGAGGUUGUGGAGAAGGAAGUUUGUGUUCUGGCUGGGCUUUGUUGA